AUGAAUGAUAUUAAUAAUAAUAAUGAAGAAAUUAGAAACUCAGUUAUAAUUGAUUGUGGAUCAGGUUUUACAAAGGUUGGAUUUUCAAAUGAAGAAUUAACACCAAGAAAUGAAUUUCCAACUAUUAUUGGUAGAACCAAAUAUUAUGAAGUAUUAUAUGGUGCACCAAAUAAAAAAGUUAUAUUUGCAGGACACGAAGUUGAAACUCAAAAAACCAAUAUAUCAAUCAAACAUCCAAUUGAACGUGGUUCAAUCAUAAAUUGGGAUGAUAUGGAGAAACUUUUAAAUUAUUCAUUUCAUCAAGUAUUGAAUAUAUCAUGUGACGAAUAUCCAAUAUUAAUUACGGAUUCACCAUUUAAUUCAAAGAUGAAUAGAGAACGUUUGACUCAACUUUUAUUUGAAACUUAUAAUUCAAAAUUAGCAAGUGUCACAAAUAGAGCGUCACUAUCAUUAAUUGGCUCUGGUAAAGAAAGUGCUAUCAUUGCUCAUUGUGGUUUUGGUGAAAGCUAUACAGUACCCAUUUAUCAAGGUAAAAUAAUCACCAAAGCAAUGUCACAUUUACCAUUGGGUGGUAACGAUUUAUCUAAUUUUUUAAUGGAGUUUUUAAAAAACCGCGAUUAUAAAUUCAAUACGUAUAAUGAAAAUUUAAUUGUUAAUGAUAUUAAAGAAAAGUUAGGUUACGUAUCAUUAAAUUAUAAUUUGGAUAUGCAAAAAGCAGCAACUAAUAUUAGUAGUAUUAAGGAAUAUGAAUUAGUAGAUGGUAGGGUUAUAUCAUUAACUAAUGAACUAUUUCAAUCAACUGAACCAUUAUUUCAACCAUCAUUAGUUGGUUGUGAAUCAUCAUCAGUUGGUGGUAUUCAUGAACAUAUUUAUAAUUCAUUCUUAAAAUGUGAUGUUCAAGAACGUAUUCAAUUACAAAAUAGUAUAGUUAUAACUGGUGGUUCAACAUUAUUUAAAGGUUUUUCAGAGAGAUUAUCAAAUGAAUUAUCAAAUUUAUCCCCUUCUUCUUUAAAAUUCAAUAUCUUUGAAAUUCCAGAUAGAAGAAAUCUAUCAUGGAUUGGUGGUUCAAUAUUUUCUUCAUUAUCAACUUUCAGACAUCAUUGGAUAUCACUUGAAGAUUAUGAUGAAUAUGGACCACAAAUUGUAAACAGUAAACAGAACUAUUUUAUGAAUUCAUAA